AUGUUGGAACUGCUAUGUCAUGGAGAGAUGUUCCCCUCAUGCAAUGAGCAAGAUGAUCGAAUAAAUUUGAGCCUGAACGCAUUGAUUAUGUACUAUUGGAAAAAAAAGUACGAAGACGAAUAUGACCAGCAACUGGAGAGUGUCUGUAUACUGAUAGAGCUUGCCAAGCUUGUAGCCACAACAGGUUACAAGCCAACUCCAGGAAGAUAUCAACAUUACGUGAUUAAGCUUAGAGAGCAUUAUACAGAGUGUGUUUUAAAACUGAAUCAAAAUGUCAACAUUGUUCAUAAUCGUACUUUACAGGACACAAAUGGCGAAGGUCGCUGA